UUGUGGUAUCAUUUCAUCAACAAACUCAAACAAAUGGAUCCUUUUUCAUGGUCAGCUUCAGAGUCAGAGACUGAGAGUCUUCCACUAGUUUCUGAACAGGAAAAUGAAUUAUUAUACCAGUCCACAUUCAAAGGUGACUGGGAAAAGGUGACCGAGUUAUAUAAAAAAACACCAGGGGUUCAGAGCACAGUGAUCACACCAGUGAGCUCACAAGACACGGCACUGCACGUGGCCAUCAGUGAUGACAGAGAAGAAGAAGUGAAGAGUAUGGUAGAAUCAAUCGUCAAUCACAAGAACGAAAAAGCUCUGAUAAUGCAGAAUGGCAGAGGGGAAACCCCUCUGCAUCGUGCAGCCACAAGAAAGUCGGUGACAAUGUGUGAGUACAUCGUGGAGGCAGGACGGAGAAUGCAGACGGAUUUACUCAAUAUUCCUAACAAAUGGGGCGAGACACCCAUUUUCACAGCGGCUCUUUACAACCGUAAAGCCGCCUUCAUCUUCCUCCACAAGGCUGCCAUUGACAUAUGCCAGCACCCAGAAACACUUCUCACAAGAAUGGACAGUUCUGGAGAUACUGUACUUCAUUGUGUCAUUAGGAGAGAGCAUUUGGAUCUGGCAUUCUACGUAAUCAUAAUGUGCCCAGAUCUUGCGGGCAGAGCCAAUGUGAAGGGAGAGACUCCUCUUCAUGUUCUUGCUGGCAAACGUUCUGCCUUUAGAAGUGGCCUGAGCCUAUCGUGGUGGAAGGAGAUCAUAUACUACUGUGUCAAUGUCGAUCCGCCGAAAUAUGAUCCAGAAUGUUGUAGGAAAAUUAACGAGAAUGCGUGGCGACCGGCCAAGUCAUCUGGCAGCCAACGAGGAGAGAAGAAUACAUGGGAUCCUGAGGCCCCAAAUAACUCCUAUAUUAAUAAAGAUAUUCCACAGAAUUAUACUACCUGUUACCAGGUUUCGGUGUCUGUCUACCAAAUUCUGAUUCACUUCAUGGGAUCGGCCGGGAAUAACAUAGUUAGCAAAAUAAGGGAAGAGAAAGAAAAGCAUGCAUGUAGUGCUGAGAUAUUGAGUGCGCUCAUGGAAAAUGGUAAAGCAUACAUUGCCACUGCUGAAGGAAGAGGCCCCGGAAGGAGCAAAGUGUUUGAUCCGAGAAAGCAAAAUCCACCAACGACUGGUGAAGCUCAUCAGAAUGAUAAGGAGACAGAAAUUUAUACGCCCUUGUUGGUGGCAGCCAGGGGAGGUGUAGUUGAAGUCGUGAAUAAAAUUCUAAGCCAAUUACCAGUGUCCAUCUACGAUACCACGUCGAAGGACAAGAAUAUAUUGCAGGUGGCAGUGGAGAACAGGCAACCCUGGGUUAUUGAGGCAGUUCGUAAACAAGUCAAAAACAAAAAAUUAAAGCUUAAUCUUUGGGACGACCUUAUUGAAUCAGUGGAUACUGAUGACAACACUAUAUUGCACUUAGCAGCUCACUAUGAUGAUUCCAUGUCUCACCCUUCGCAGGUUCAUGGCGUUGCCAUGCAGAUGCAAUGGCAAAUAAAGUGGUAUGAGUAUGUGAACUGGUUGUCGCCACAACACUUCCUUUUCCUUACCAACAAAAAAGAAGAAACUCCGGAACAGAUCUUCACUAGAGAUCAUCAAGGUUUAGUCAAAGACAGCAGUGACUGGCUUAAAGACACUUCUGAAUCUUGUUCAGUGGUGGCCGCAUUGGUUGCCGGAGUUUCCUUUGCAACAUCGAGCGCUGUCCCCGGGGGCACCAAUGACGAGACUGGUAAACCAACCUUGGAACAACAGCCGGCAUUUGAAGUUUUCGCUAUCACCGCGCUCAUGGGGCUCUGCUUCUCCGUCACUGCACUGAUCAUGUUCCUUUCCAUACUCACCUCUCGAAAACUACCCAGAGAUUUUAAGAGAAGUUUGCCGCUGAAGCUUCUUCUGGGCCUGAGCUCGCUGUUCGUGUCCAUCGCCUCGAUGCUCAUAUCUUUUUGCGCAGCACAUUUCUUCGUGCUUGAGGACAAAUUCAAGACAGCAGUGUUCCCUCUUUAUGCCGCCACUUGUCUUCCUGUUUCCUUCUACGCAAUCCUGCAGUUUCCACUCUACGUGGAUCUUUUGAAUUCCAUUGUUGCAAAGGUUCCCCGACCACACCCUUCUAGCCAUAUAUGAUUCUAGCGAUUGGUUUGGUAUAAUAUUUAUUUGAACCUAUAUUUUCUGAUCUUCAAUAAUUGCUUUUCCCCCACAGAUUGGAAAGCUAGCUGUGUUAUUUAUUUCUGUCUGUCUAUUUGUUAAGGCAGGUCAUGAACCUCUCCCGUUGAUACAUGAGAAACCUCAAUGUAUGUGAUUUGGAUUCA